AAUAUACACAUUCUUUCAUAUACCUUUGAGCUUUUCUCAUCCCAAGUUUCUACUAUGAAAAAUUAUUAUUACUUUGGAAUAAGGAGUAAUAAACAUUUCAAAACAUACAGUUGCGGUUGCGGGAGUCAUAGUUUCAAAGCAAGUGAGGUAACCAUUCAACUUUAAAAGUCACAGCUGAGCUCUGCCACCGAGCACUAGGAGAGCAGCAAUCAUGAUUUCGCGAAUAACACCCUUUAUCUCUCUUAUUAAGUCUGACUCUUCAAUUUUCCCAUCACCAUUAAGGUAAGAGUACAAUUGGUAAAACAUAAUUAAUACUAUCUUAAAAUUGUCAAAAUAUAUCAAAAUAGUAACAAUAUACAAGAACACAGGGAGUAUAAUGAUAUUAAUACAAGCAUAGUUAAAAUGAAGGAAACUAUUUGUCAAAUAAGGAAGACUUAAAAAAUUUACUCAGUCAAGUGCUCGCUCCACAGUUCACACAUCAGAGAGGAAAAAAGACAAGACUCAAGAGAUUAAAACUUGGAGGAAUUUUGGUCUGUGAAGUAUUGAACGUUCUGCAAUCUCACCAGGUAAAGGUAGCUGUGAUUAUUGAAGAAAAGUGCAAGAUAGCUGAACUGGAAGAAUGUUUCUCAAGUCUCUGGGUUUUGACCGUUUGAGGAAGCAUACUAAGAGACCCUACCCAACAGUAAUAGAAGAGCUAUGCCAUCAAUUUUCUCUGGCCGAUCUUAGGAAAGCAACCAAUAACUUUGAUCAAAAUAAUGUAAUUCGAGAAAGAAUAUGUCCUAAAGUUAUAGUAUAUAGAGGUUGUCUUCAACUUGAUCAUGUUGCUACAGCAGUAGUGGUUAAGCAAAUGUCUGUUAAGUUGGGAGUGGAAGAGAUGAAGAGGGAAAUUGAGUUGCUCUGCCAGCUCCGUCACCCUAAUUUGAUCUCUCUUAUCGGAUUCUGCAUCCAUAAAGAUGACAUUUGUACUGUUUUCAAGUACAUGUCCAAUGGUUUCCUAAGUGAUCAUCUAUUCAAGCGGGAUGAUCAUGAUAGGGAACCACUCUCAUGGAAGAAGAGGCUAGAGAUCUGCAUAGGAGUAGCGCGCGGGGUGCACUACCUUCACACGGGACUCAAACGCAUCAUCAUUCACCGUGAAAUCUACCCCAAUAACAUUCUUUUAGAUGAAAACAUGGUGCCCAAACUCUCAGAUUUCAGGCAUUCAUUACAGGGGCCGUUGUUCACUACAGAGUCCAAACCAAUUGAAGGAAGUGUAUAUCCCCUUGCAGGUAUGCCGGGUUUCAUGGCCCCCGAGCAAUUCAAUUUCAGGAACAGGCACUACACUGUUGUGACGACGGAUAAAUGCGAUGUUUAUUCAUUUGGCAUGGUUCUAUGUGAAGUGGUAUGUGCAGAGCCAAUUUAUACAAUCAUAAAGGAGAAGGAGAAGAUUGAUUACUAUAACAAAAAAGCGCCUAGUAUUAGCAUACGUUCUUACAUUAUGUCUAGACUUCGAGCAGGGGAAAUUAAUCUAGCUCUGGUUGGAAAAAUUGCACCAGAGUCUUAUGAAGUAUUCAUAAAUAUCAUUGAAAGGUGCUUGAAAUACAGUUGGAAUGAGCGACCAGCAAUGGGUGAAGUGGAAGUGGAACUUGAGCGUUCUCUGACUUUGCAGCUGGAAGCAGACACCAGAGAUACUAGGCAUGAUUAUCUCACUAGCAUUACCCAACCACAACAACAAGAGUCUACCUAGAGUAUAUUACGUUGAUGGGUUCUGUUAGGAAACAAUUUGCCCAACAAUGAAAACAGCAAACUGGGAAUUUAAAAGUAAGAGAAAGAUGAUUGUUUAUUGAUAGAUUUGGAGAAUUACAGAGAAGGGGAAUGGAUCCCUUUACUGACCAGAGCGUAGCUCCUUAUAGGAAGCUCAGUGCUUCCUAUCCAUUACACUUAAAAGCUAUCAAAUGAGAUACCUCUCUACCCCUCCCUAACUACCUUCUUAUAACAAAUCUAAAUACAAUCCUCUGCUCUCUUUCUCUCUCUGCCAGGUGUGCAUUCUGUUAGUUAGUAAUAGAUUCCUUCUGCCCCCUUCUAGAGUACACCUUCCAUAUUCUUGGCCC